AUGAAAAACAAAACUCUAAUAAUUUGCUUAAUAAUUUCUUAACUUCUUGUUUCUGUAUUUUCAACAUCAGGAAUUAAUGUUGCUUGUGCUAAUAAUAGUAACUCUUGUUUGUCUACCUGUCCAGUACCUACAAUUACAGGAUCUGGUACAUAAGCUUGUUCUUGGACUGGAACACUUGCGAUGGGAUGCGCUAUUACUGAUUGUACUUGCCUAACAGCAGGACCUCCAACUUCUAUAACCGGUUUAACUGAUUUAACGUGUACUUCUUGUAAAGGAUCUACCUAAAAUUUAUAUGCUAAUCCUUCAGGUACUGCUUGUAUAAGUUCUAGUUCUUCAUGCACCAACAGAGGUUAAGUUGCAUGGAAUGUUAGUGAUUGCACCCUUUGUACUCCUAGUACCCCUGCAUUAGUUUCUGGUGCUUGUUAAGCUUGUAAUACUAUAACUAGUGCAUGGACUGAUGAUAAUUGUCAUGCCUGUGCAAGUACUGCCUCCCCUAAAGGUAACACAAAUUUUGCUAACUCUGCUGGUACUGCUUGUGUUAAUGCUUCAUAAACAUGCAAUAGUGCUAGUAGAGGUACUACUAGUGGCAAUGCUUGGACAGCUGCUGAUUGUCUUGCUUGUACUCCUGCUACUCCUGUUUUAGUACCCGCUUCUUAAGGUUCAUAAACUACUUCUUGUGCUGCUUGCUCUACCGUCUCUACAGGUUUAUCUGAUACCUAAUGUAAUGCUUGUGCAACAAAUGCUAGCCCACAAACUAAAAACAUUUUUGCUAAUGCUGCUGGUUCUGCUUGUAUUGCUUCAUCCCUCACAUGCAAUAGUUCUAGUAGAGGUACUACUAAUGCCAAUGCUUGGACAGCUCCCGAUUGUCUUGCUUGUACACCUGCUACUCCUGCCGUAAAGCUUGAUGCUUCUCCUGCUACUACUUCUAGUUGUGUUGCUUGUAAUUCUAUUACUUCAGGAUGGACAGAUGAUAACUGUAAUUCAUGUGCUAUGACUGCUAGCCCUACAUCAAAAAAUAUCUUUGCUAAAACUGAUGGAAGUAGUUGUGUAGCAGCUUCAUAUUCAUGCAAUUAAACUUCCAGAGGUUCAAAUAAAUGGACUAAUGCUGACUGUGCUCUCUGCAAUGGUACUGCUAGUAAAUCAAAUCAAUAUGCUUCUGUUGAUGGUUCCUCAUGUCAAGCUAGUACUUUCAGUGGUUAGAUCUUUGUUAGCAUUUUAUUAGUCUUAUCUGCUUUGUUAAUUUGA